ACACAAUUAUACUAUCAUGAAAGAAAAACAUCAGCCUCCGAGAACUUCGCAAUAGUGAAGACGCUGCCGUACGAUCAGACAAGAAUGACUUUAAAGGUUCUAGAACCUUCCACAGAGUACACCAUUCGAUUAUCAAGCAACAACAGAUAUGGACGGUCAGAUGGUGUUUUGCUAACCAAAGGAACACUGCCAGACAGAUUCAUCAGGAAUUUAAUCCUGAUCAUCGUGUUACCUCUGACAUUAGCUGUUUUGUUUAUCGUGGUUGUUUGCCUCAAGUUCAAACCAACCUGUAAAACGAUUCCUGAGCAAGAUGAGACGGAGCUUUGGAUGCGCGGAGAUUGGGUUGAGAUUCGUAGAUCAGAUAUUACUCUUCAAGAGAAGUUAGGGGAAGGUGCCUUUGGAGAAGCUUACAAAGGUUUGGUACGGAUGGAUGGAAAAUUGCGGGAAUGUGCAGUGAAAAAGCUAAAAGCGAAUGCUACAGAACUGGAGAGGCGGGACUUAGUGAACGAGCUUCAAAUCAUGGUGACAGUUGGUGAACACCCUAACGUCAUAAGUCUUAUCGGAGCUUGUACAAGGAGUGAAUCAAUGUUGGUGGUCGUUCGCUUGGCUGAGAAUGGUUGCUUGUUGCAUCAGCUGAGGGAAAACAGAGAAAAUCCAUAUAUUGACGUUGAAGAAAAACAGGUGAAUUUCUCUCACAUCGACAAAACAAGGAUCGCAAGAGAUGUAGCCAGUGGAAUGUUACACCUGUCUAGCAAGAAGUGUGUUCAUCGUGAUCUUGCGGCAAGGAAUGUGCUUCUUGGCAAGAAUAAUGUCGCCAUGGUUUCUGAUUUCGGCUUGUCACGUGAUGUGUAUGAAAGUGGUGAAUACGAGAAUACAUCCGGGGGAAUGUUACCAGUUCGUUGGAUGGCUCUUGAAUCACUGGAGGAUUAUACUUACAACACUAAGACAGAUGUGUGGUCUUUUGGUGUGCUACUAUGGGAAAUAGAAUCUGAAGGUAAAAUGCCGUACUCUGGUCUUGGAGGAAUGGAGAUUGUGGAAUUUAUUAAGUCUGGAAAGAGAUUAACAAAACCGGAACGAUGCCCAGAUGAAAUUUACGAUAUCAUGAUGUUAUGCUGGCGUCCAGAACCCUCAGAGCGGCCUUCAUUCGCCGAGCUUGUGACGUCAAUUGAGCUGGAGCUGCACAACAAAGAAGAUUCCUUGAAGUUUAAAAGAAAUGAAGUUGAAUCUCAAGGCAAUGUCAAUUUGGCAACAGAAUUCGAUGGCCAGAAAGAGGAGAAUACUGCUAUGUAGAUUAAAUAACUAAUAAUGGUAGUAAAGUUGACACACUCGAAACACUUGACAUAUAUUUGGACAUCUUUUCAAUUACUAUAGAAUGAAGGCUGUUCAUAUAAUUUAGCAUUUCAGAGCAAAACGAUAAAUACUCUUGUUAAUAUAACUAUACCAAAAGCGUAUCAUUUUAAGGUUGGCUUGCUACUGCUAAUGAGGUUCAGAAAAUUUCAAAAUUUCAAUCUUGCUAACUACAUGCCACUUUUCAGACAAACCGUAGAGCCAAUUAGGCUAACGGAGUACCGUAAUCAACUCACUAGCAGGUUGCAACUCCAGGUUACUAACCGGGCAACCCUCAUAAGACAAAUAUAACUGGAUUGUGAGCAAAAAUGGGUGACCUCAUUAAUAUACUCAUUGCACCAUUCCGAAAGAUGUUUGACGCACAGCCCCCAAAUUAAAAACAAGUCUACUUCCAUGAAGUCACUAAUUUACUACACCCAGCAGACUCAAUCAAGUAAUCGACAACGAAAUUUCAUAUUUGUAUAGUAAACCCUGCGUUACUUGUAGUAGUUGUCAGCAAAGAGACGGUUGUCCAAGAAAAUAUAUAUUCGUUGAUUGAUAGUGAUCGCUGCACCUAAUGUCGGCCACUUCCAGUCCUUUAGAGAGAGCUGUUUUUAACUUCUUUUCUCUUUUUGACUUUAAUAAACGGAAGGCCACUAUUGUCUCUCUAGAACCGGCUCUCAAUGAUCACUUUGUAUGUAAUACUCGUUGCUUCAUAGAAAGAAAAAGUGUGGCCCCCUUACAAAAUCAGUAGGUUAUCUGUUGGUUGUUACUCGAAAACCAGUUGCUCAGCUUGGAUUGAUUUUAGUAGCGGGUUAGGGUUAGACUCGGUGAAUAUUCACCAAUAUUCAAUUCGCCUUUGGCGAAUAAUUGUUAAUAGCGAACUUAAGCAGCGACGUUUCUGAGACGCGGACGGCAACCGAAAGAGGAAUGGAGCUAAUUCUGGUGCGGUUUUGAAGCCAUGGGAUCAACUGGAAAGUCGUCGUGUUUGUAUUUUAAACCAAACUGUGCUGACCAAAAAGCCGCCUCGCGGAUCUCUUACGCUUCUUUCGUGUUCUCCAAACUUCCCGCGCGCAUAACUCGAUAUAGGCACGCUAAGCAUGAACCAAUUCUUAAAUAUACGCACGGCCGUGCGUAUAUAACAAGACGUGUGCAUUUUCAAUUUAGCUUCAAAAUUUCAGUUGAGUUUAGUACAAUUUCCUUUUGUUUAAGUUUCAGCAAGGGGAAGAUUGUUCUGAACAAUCCAAAUUCUACUUCGAGCCUUUUACUUUUGCCGAGCUAACAUGUUUACUUAAGGUGGCUCAAAAAAUUC